AUGUGUUUUGCCCUUAACAAAGAGAAGUUUGAAGGAGGAGUGAUUGAAUUUGAUCUCAACUUUGACCAGAUUGAGCUGGAUUACGAAAGUUUGGCCUUAACCGUGGUUAAUAAAGAAGAAUUUUGUGAGCAAAAGCUUGUGCUAAAAUUGAGGAGUAAGAAUCAAUUGACCGCUGCGAAGAAAAGGAAGUUUAAAAAGGUUGAUGAAGCAGAAUUGAGUAAUGCUGUGAUUAGUUGGAUGAAGUCAAUGGAUAAUAUUGUGAAGCGUGACUUUUUGGAAAGAGAAAUGGGCCAAGCUGGUUUGUUAAGAAGAAGAACAUGUUCCAAGCCCAGGAAGUGGAAAUGUGGUAAACGAAGGGUUACAAUACAAUAUGGUUGCUGUUAUAAUUUUGCACAUGACAAGGAAGGAAAUCUGCCUGGAAUAGUUUGCCAUGACGAAGUUGAUCCUUUACCGUCAUUCAUAAAGAGGAUGAUUAAACGAUUGGUGACUUGGUGUAUCUUACUAGCAGAUUGUAUUCCCAAUAGCUGCAUAGUUAAUAUCUACGAGGCUGGUGACUGUAGUCCUCCACACGUUGAUUAUCAUGAUUUUACGAGACCAUUCUGCACGGUCUCAUUCAUCAACAAAUGCAACAUUAUGUUUGGGAUAGAAAUCCAGAUUGUCGGCGAUGGAGAAUUUUGA